GUUUGAACCAGGUGGCGGCAGCUAAGAUGGCGGACCGAGGCUGCGCAGUAUCCGGAGGUGGUGACGACAGCGAUGACGCCGGCGGGGACGUGAUGGAGCACGGCUCCGCGUGCAGUUAGGGAAAAAAAAGCCCACCGUCGCUUCGACGGUACGAUCGGCAAGAGGUACGCAGAACCACGUGGCACCGAACCGCCUGAGACGUCGACAGUUCGGGUGGGAAGGAGGUGAGGCGGUACCGGCGGCACGUGGCAGCUCGGCUCGGCUCGGUGCUGGGUGGACGGGCCAAGGCUUGGGCCUGCUGUUAGCUGGAGCUGUGUGUGCACAGGCAGGAUGCCUACUUGAGCUGCUGUGCAGAUGUUUGAAGAACGGGAUCCUCCCGGGACCUUUUCAUGGCUUCCAAGAAGAAGCAGAAAAGAAUGGUGCUCCAGCAUGACCGGACCACCACUCCCGUGGCCAACCAUUCGCCCACAGGCGGUCAAACACGGACAUGGAAGGCAAAGGAAGGCGGGAUGGAACGAAACCUUCAAGUGACCGGCAAAGAGUCAGAUUCUUGUAGUAAUAUGAGUCUGUCCAAAGAGGCCAUCUGUAGGCCGGAUGGUCAACUUCAACAUUUUGUCAGUCCGAGUUUUCAGGCUGACAACCUCUCCGCGGACAUGACCUGUAGCAACAUAAGAGUGACUCUGGACAACAACGUCAUGUGGAACGAGUUCUACAGAUGUGACACUGAGAUGAUUUUAACCAAGGAAGGCAGCCGGAUGUUUCCAUAUUGCCGCUUCCGCAUCUCAGGUCUGAAACCAACACAGAAAUAUUCUCUGAUCUUGGACAUCCAGCCUUCGGAUGACAAUCGAUACAGGUGGACGGGGAAGAGCUGGCAGGCUGUAGGAGAAGCAGAAAUUCAUAUAAAAAGUGAACCGUUUGCCCAUCCAGAUUCCCCAGCCUUGGGUCAGCAUUGGAUGCAGAAUCCAGUGUCCUUUUUCAGACUGAAGCUCACGAACAGCCUGUCAGAACAGAAAGGUAACAUUAUCCUGCGCCCAAUGCAUCGCUACUUACCACGGCUGCACGUGGUGACAGAAAAAACUACAAAAGACUUACAUGGUUCCGAUGUGGUCACAUUCACAUUCCCUCAGACAGAGUUCAUGGCAGUUUUGGCGUACCAGAAUGCUCAGUUUGCUCAACUCAAAGUUGAUUGCAACCCAUUCUUUAAAGGACUGAAGGACACCAGCCCCACACAACUGGAACAGAAAGUGAAAGCAAAGUCCAUCAGAGAGUCAAACAAAGAUGGACUCAGUUCAGACAAUGAGGGGCAUCCCAUCAAAAAAAGCUUGAAGUCUUUGCUGGCAAACCAUAAACUCAAAAGCACCAAAGCCUUGGAGUCAAAAUGUUCACCACCAGAAGAUCUCCUGAGACAAACCGUCGCUAGCAGAGACCAACCUGCUCCCAGGGUCCCCGACGAAUGUUCAGGCAAUGUUUCACAUCCGGGCCAGAAGUUGUUUUCUGAACUGAUCCGUGAUGCUCACGUUUCACUCCAUCGAUGUGACUCGGACCAGCUUAGCCUCAACCAUGGCUCCUCUGUACGAUUGGAGCAAUCCAGCACUAAGACCACCGGUCUGAGAGGCAGAGUACCGGGCAAUGGUCAGAAGGAGAGUUUGCACACUAAAACAUUUGCAAAAAAAGUAAAAAAUAUUGAACCAACAAUAAAAAGUACAGAAGAGGAACGCUCCAUGAAUGUAUUGAACUGUAAGGACAGUAUCAAGACGAACAGUUCUUUCCCUGAUGCGCCAACAGGUGUUCAGACCUCCUCUAAGGACUUAGACCACAAAAGUAAAUCAGAUGUAUCAUCGGAAGCGAUGAUGAGGCAGCACAAACGUCCACCUCGUUUGCCCCUGCCCGCACUUGCUCUCUUUCUCAAACAGCAUUCCACCAAAUCCAAGAAGAGCAAACAAGAAUCUUCUCCCUCUGUACUUCCUUCUGAACAUGAACCACUAACGUCUCCUGAAGGCUCGGCUUGUCUGCCGUCUGACCUCACCAAUGCUGCUAUGGAUCCUUCAAAUGAUCUCAAAGGUGAGACUUCAGACUCGGGCAUCGUGGACUCCAGAGAAUCUUGUGAAGGUUUUAGCUCAGACCGGGGGCGGGUUAAUACUACACUAACUGAUGAAACAAGUCCUGUACCUUGCAACCAUUCGACUGCUUCAGAUUCAGUCCAGUUAAAAUCUGACAGUGGCCUGGUCUCAGUCCCUGAUCGGUCGGGUCUCGAUCUGGCACUCUCUGAUAAUACAGUGUUUCCUGAAUCAGAUUCUUCUUGUUGUGCCCAGAAGUGCAGCACAGCAACAAGCUCUACCUCAUCUGUAUUUCCCACCUCAUCCCCACCUUGCAACCCAGUGUUACCAGUUCCCAACAUGGCGCAAACCCCUGCCCGCUCCUGCACACUACAUUCAGACUCUGGCAGCCUGAAGCCCGACUCUUUGCUUCCUGAUCCAGGUUGUUCGUCUUUCGGCUUUGAGACUUUGUCCCCUGCCAGCUCUCCAGAACAGCUACCUUCUCUACCGGACUCACUCGAUUUCCAACUAGACUCUACAACGUCUGAAGCAGAUCAGACAGUCGGAUCGGCUCAGAACUCCACGCAGGAACAAGUCUCCUCAGUGUUUCAGUGGCAUACAGUGUUACCUCCUCCACAGACAUACAUAGACACCUCUUUCACAGCAUUUCAACCCACACAGACUGUUGAUUUAAUGUCUACUUCAUCACCUCUGCUGCCUUCAUCAACUUCUCCCCACCCUGAACCACAGAACCUCAGCAACACCAUGCUGACUCCUGACCCAGCGCCGUCAUUUCAAGAGACUGAGCAAUCGCUUCCGUUCCCCACAGAGUUGUCCCCACUCGCCCUGCACCUGUCGCUCUCGCCCUCACCCUCCUUCUCCCCUCUGGAUGGAGAAGGACUCUCACCGACGCCUUCACUUACCGAUCUUGUGCAGUUUUUCUCCAAUGAUGAACUCGGGGUGGAGUUUUCAAACACUGAGGUAGCGGCAGCUCCUAGCCUGCCGUUACCUGUGGUAGCUGCCCCAGAGCCUCUCCAAGGGUUGGAGUCGGCUCCAGCAAGCAAAACCUGCAAACGCAAGAAGUUCCAGCGCCGAAAAGUUACCAAGACGGAUUCAGAAUUGGUGGUGGACGAGGCAGCUUACCAAAGCAUGCAGCCCAACCUGGAGGAGGUGGAGGAGCAGCUGUUUGUCUCAUUCACAUCGAAGGAGGCUCUUAAACUCCAUAUCGUGGACUCCUCCGUUGAAACGGUCUCUCAGCCUCAGAUUGCACCUGAGGACCAGCAGACUGCUGAGACACCUGAGAACGCAGAGAGUCUGCAUGAGCCUGUGGCUCAGUUCCAGGAGAAUCUGCUUAGAGACCUGAAACUGAUGAAGCACCGGCAGGUCAUCCACCCCGUGCUGCAGGAAGUCGGUCUGAAAAUGAACCUGCUGGAUCCUUUGCUGGCCAUCGAUCUGCAGUACCUGGGGGUCCGCCUGCCCCUGCCGCCACCAGGAGCCCAGCUUGAGCCAGCCAGCCAGGAGCUGCCCCCCUCUGAGGCUUCUUUUGUGUCUCGAACAGGAAAAACUACUGAUGUGACUCAGAUCAAAGGAUGGAGGGAAAAAUUCAGUUCAACUGAGGCUCCGCCCACCACCUGCACACCUGAAGUGGGUCCCAGCUCGGAGCCACAGAAGAAGAAGAAUCUUUCGGCGUUCUGCAGUGACAUGCUGGACGAAUACCUUGAGAACGAGGGCCGGCUGAUCGACGAGCGCGCUGCCAGCUUCUCACAGCCACCGGUGGAGCCACCGGUCUACCAGCUGCCCACCCAGAGCAGUAGCUACGUCCGGACCCUCGACCACGUCCUGAAAAAGCAGGAUGCCUCCAACCCUGCCGCGGAUCUCAUCUCUGGCUUUAUCCCCCCCUCCAAGAGACCCCGCCCCCCUGAGGCUCGUGUUGGCAAAAGGAAGCCCAAGUCCCUCAAACCCAAACCCAGAUCUGAAUCUGGUCCAGAACGACCUGAACCAGCUACAGCUGGACUCGAGCCUGAACCACUGAAACCUGCUGAUCAAACGGCCAAAACAUCAGAGACUGAACCAGCUAAGAAGAAGAGGCGGUUCAAACCCAGAACCACCACUCCACCACCUGGCCUGGGGGACAUGGCCCCACUAGAAUCAGACUCAGAGCUGGGGCCAGACUGCACACAGACUGAUGACAACGUCAAGAAGGCUGGCAAGCCCCCGAUGGCCCGGGCUGUGCUGAAGCAGAAGGAUCUGGAGGAGGCUGUCAUGUGGGAGGGUCAACCUCGGAACGGCAUCACUGAGGAGAGGGCCAACGUGGCCCUGACAUCCCUCUUCACUCUGACGGGUUUUGUCUGUGAAGACCCUCUGGCCCCAGUGCAAGUGAAGCGACGGCGUCAUGCACACUGCCUGAAUGAUUUUUGCCGGCUGGGCUGCGUGUGCAGUAGUCUGUUUACCAGUCCCAGGCCGCAGCACUGCGGGCGGCCCGCCUGCAUGUUUGGCUGCAGCUGCCUAAAACAGAAGGUCGUCCUCCUCAAGAACCUGGACGGGUCAGAUUGCGGCCCAACAUCACAUCCCACCAGCAAGAAGAGAAGGAGAAGGAUGAAGAUGGCGUAUGUCCUGAAGGAGACAGACAGCGUCUCCCAUCCUGCAGAGCGGGUGAAAGCUCUGUGGUUGAAGGCCGCCAGUGAGGACCCUGAUCCAGAGCUGGUUCGCAUCCCUUUAGAGUCCUUCCAGCCCACCGCCACCCACCAGUCCUCCUCCAGCCACGGGGCCACCAAGCCCACCAAGCCCACCAAGCCUACCAAACCCAUCAAACCCAUCAAACCCACCAAACCCUCCAAGCCCACCCUCAUGAUCCAGAACGUACAGUCCAGCAGCUGUGCUCGUGUUCGUGUUUACUCCAAGAAAAGCAAACUGAAGGUGGUGACCAAAGCCACAAAGCCACCGUCUGAAUGCAUGGAGAAGAAGAAGAAGAGGAAACAGCUGAAGGAGGCCUCUGCCAGCACUGCCACCAUGCCCUGCAACAGUCCCCUGAGCAGAGAAGAUGUCAUGGAGGUGACCAAAGACAAAAAGCAACAGCCUGAAUGCAUGAAGAAGAAGAAGAGGAAACAACUGAAGGAGCCCCUCGAUUGCCCUUGCCCUUUCUCCAAGCCCUGCAACAGCCUCCCAGCUGAAGACACUCCAAAACCAUCCAAACGUCUCUCCGUCAUGGCCGACUGUCGGUGGGGCAACGGUGAGCGCAGCUAUGUGUUGAAGCGGCUGUGUGAAGCCAUGGCUCGGGACCAGCUGGACCGGCCCUUCUGGAUAAAGAAUUACCUCAUCCGCCCAUCGGGCCCCAUUGUGGAGGAUGGCUCUGAGCCUUGCACCCACUAUAAAGUGCACAUCUCCAGACCCAUUGAUGGCAACAAGGUCCCACAGACUCCUGCAGGAGCAGAACUUGCAGGUGGUCCUGGAGUCCAGAGGACGAGGCCAGCAGCUCUUGAGCAGGCUGAUGUGGCACAAACGAGCCAGGGAGCAAAGUCUCCAGAGCAGGAUGAUGAGACGGCUCUGGAGGACUGGCAGCGGGCAUUGGAAGAGGCAGACCUAGAGGGGGAGGAGGAGGACAAGGAGGAGGAAGUACCUGAUGGGACAGAGUUUGAUCAGGGGAUAGUGGGAGACUUGGCUCUUCCUUUCCUCUCGGGAAUAUCGCCCGCUGGGCUCCUCUCAGCCAACCGGAAGCAACCGGGAGGAAGCAACCAGCUGGUUCAGGUGAACGGGAAGCUCUACCCUCUGGCUAAGAUCCAGCUGGGGAUGAUGGGAGCACUGCAUCCAGCCAAUCGGCUUGCUGCUUACCUGACAGGACGUGUUGGACCUGGCCGACGCCUGCCAGCACCUUCGACCUCAUCCUCCUCCAACCCUCAGAGCUCUGGACACACAGCUCCCCCCCCCGAAUCUGGCCUCAUCUCCCCGUUCAUUCUGGCCCAACCGCCCCCCCAGACGUCCUUCAGAGCCCCUCUGCCCCCUCAGGCACCAGCACCUGAAGCCCCACAGAAGCUGAACAUUCAGGUCCAGCGGCAUCCAGUGACGCCCUGGUUUGUGACCCCACCCCCCGCUGGUCAGAAGCUCUUCCUCCAGCCAGUUCCAACAGUCCGCAGGACGGACGGCAAACUGGUCCAAGUCCUUGUCAACAAUCUGAGACCCUUCACGCCCAACACAAGCACCCAGUUUAUCAGGCCUGCUGCCUCUCAGCCUCCGCUCGUCACGUUUCUCAACAUAAAUUCCCAGCUGACCCCCGUGGGGCCCGUCUACCCCUCCUUCACUGCCACUAACAGUCUGACCAGCUUCCCUGGCAGUUCCAAAAGUAGUGCUCCUGUUGUCAACCUUCUGUCUCAACCGCCCAGCACGGAAGCACCGCUCGUCCUAGCUGCCCCGCCUGCCGACUGCUCCCUCACACCUGUCGCAGGUCAGGAGGUGGAGCCAGGAGUCGCAACGGUGAUAUCACACCAGCAGAAGCCUCCGUCCAUAGAGACAUGUCACCUGCCCCUUCCCCAGUCUCCUCCCCCUCCCGCCGUGCUGGAUCACACCCUUGAGCUGGAUCAAGUGGACGACGUGCAGCAGAUGGUUACCAUGGAUAUACCCCAAGUGGAAGUGGAGCUGGCUCAUAGCAGCGAGAAGGACAACUCAUCAGGGCCCGACAGCAAGGUGGAAGAGGACUGGAAGGAGCAGGAGCGUCAGAAGGCGAAGACACAGGAUGAGGAAGAGGACGACACAGAGGACAGCACAGAGGACGACACAGAGGAGGAGGACACGGAGGAGGACACAGAGGACUCAGAGGAGGAGACACUGGAGCAGAAGGAGCAUAGACUGAACGUGGAGUUAAAAGGGCGUGCCAAUCACAACCUGCUGGAGAAGAAACGCCGCCAUGAGCUGCUCAGGCUGUUUGAGCGUCUGAGGUUUCGUGUGGGGAUGAAGUCUCAGGGAGCGUCGAAGGUUGCCACGCUGCGCAAGGCAGAGCAGGAGAUCAAGAAGCUGCAGAAGGUGGAGAAGGAGCUGCUGGUGCAGAAGAGGAGGCUGUUGAAAAGGCAGAAGAACUUGCUGGAGUCAAUUUCAGGGGUGGGGCAGCUGGUCGAGGAGCCGAUCGUGAUCUCGUCUGACGAGGAGCGCCGCAUUGCUGAAACUCGACACGAGAGACAGAAAACAACCAAUCAGCAGUCGGCAGGGGGCACGACCUCUCACCCUCCAGCCCGAGGCACGACGCAUGACGACGACACCAAGAGGUCAAAUCAGCCUCAACCCACUCCACAAGCUCCUCCCCCUGCUGCCUCUGCCCCGCCCACUCCCACAGUGGUCCCGCCUCCGAAGCACCCCACCCUGUCCCACAAUGCACUUGUGCAGAGUGUGCGUCAGCGCACCAUUCCCAACAUCCUUUCCCGCAGCAAGCGUCCGAUUCCACACCUGCCUACCGAGGGUGAACCAACGUCCUUCCUGGUUCCUACGGAUGUCCUCUCUUCGCUUCAGACAGCGUUUCCAGGGCAACCGGUCCUGGCUCUCGGAUCGACUCAGGCCAAAGGCGUGGCCGCAGUCACCCUGAAGCUCCCGAACCUGGCCAAUCAGGAUCUGCGUCUCACUACAAUUCCCCACAUCCAAGCAGCAACAAACACAAACGACCUUCGACCUCAGCAGCAGCCUCCUCCUGCUCCUCCUCCCGUCAAAGUCUCGGAGCAGAUGUCUGCAGUCGGAUGUCCCUCGUUCCAAAAGCAUGCUGGGUAUUCGGCAGAAAGCAGAGCCGGGGACCCUCAGGGGGGGUCAGGGGUCCCUGUAGGCGUUCCCCAGGGGGGGUUGGCGGGCCCUCAGGGGACAUCGGAGGGCCCCGAUGGUGAGAGCUUGACGUCUCUCCUCAACGAACUCGUCUUCCUUAACCAGCAGACUGUUACCGUGCCAGCGCCCGCUGAUCAUGGCCCUGAGGUGGGCGGAGCUAAAGAACAAGAACACACCCGCAACCCUGACGUCCUGCAGCAGGACUGUGGCAGUCCUGUCGCCACAGAGAUGGACAAGGCGGGGCUCAACGCGCACACACAUAUUGGGAACACUAAAGUUGGUGUCCUUUCUCCGCCGCCCCUGCUGCAGAUGAAAGUGGGCGGGGCCAAACUGCCGGACUCCCCCGGCUGUGAUGAUGGAGGAGGACGGCGGGAGGGGGGCGUGGCCUGGAGGCCCAUGCCAAGGCUGGUCCCCUUGGGACUGAGAGGAAACCCCACCCCCUGACUGAUGAUGUCACAGCAGCCUCUGGACCUCAUUGGUCCACGGCACGCCAGCGUUGGUGUCCCAUUGGUUCUGAUCUUUAGUUCUGUGAACCAAUCAGAAGUUUUGCAGAUGUUUUGGGAAUGUAAAAAGAUUCCUGAGAGGUUUAUUUAUUUUGUCCUUGCCUUUUUUUGUUUUUCUGUCACAGCUGUAAACUGAGAAACUUCCAGGGUAAAUUUGAACAGUUGAUCUGAACAGAAUAAGGAAAUAAUAAAUAGGAAAUUGUUGAAAAACAAACCUGUUUGUUAUUUGCUAAUAUUUCAGCUUUACUCUGGAAAAUAACUACAAAGUUACUGAAAGUGUGAUUUAGGAAAACCGUCAACAUCCAAAUAAAGUUUCAGUUAGUUUUUCGUUUCAGGAAAAUGUUUUAUGUACUUAGGAAUAAAGAAACACUCUAAAAAGAUGUUGUGUGACUUGGACACUUGAACGGAGCCUUUUCAGACUUUUUUUUUUUUUUUUUUUUCUAAUAUUUGUAUUUUUUUACAAGUUGAAAAUGUUCUGUCAAAGUGAAAUAAAGCUUAAAUA